UGCUACAUCACAUUCUUACGCUCACUUUUGCAGUCUACGGACGAUGAUGUUAUUGGCACUAAUGUUGCAGGCUUCUGUUGUGUCACCGAGGCCACGGCCGUUGCCUCCAAAUGCAUUGCUUUUGUGGUCAGAGAUACAGUUUAUGGAUAAUCAUGCCUAAUAUUCACCUUGACAAGAUUAGUAGUAUUAUGUUUGUAAAUAAAACAAUGAAAAUUAUGGCUGUGAUUCCAUAUCAACUAUAUUUGUGGCGCUUUCGGCGUGCAUAUCCUGUCAACUGGGUCACUAUCCAAACUGGCUAUUCUUUCAGUGCUUUUGUGCCAUUGCGUUGUUUUAUUGCGCACACUGGCAGACGUAUGUGUCUGGAACGAUGCGCUUCGGCCGCAUCGAUGUAACUGAGGCUCAAUUCUCCAUCAUUGCUAUACAUUUGGUUUCGGCCGUGCUGGGGCCCGAGAUUUGGCUGACGAAGAUUGGCAUUGGCAAUAUUGAGCUUUGGUAUGGUCCUGCUAUAACGACCAUUGUGUGUGGUGUAAUCUCCUUAACCUAUGUAUUUUCCGUCGUUGUGGCCGGUGGUGUUGGCAAAAAUGGCUCCACAGUUGCUGGAACCAGUGUUCUAUCGCCUAGUAUACCGCUGACACUUGUAGUGCUGCCCGCGCUGAUGAUAGCGCAAAAGUCGCCGGAAAAUAUUUUUACGGAGCACGCUUCAGUUUUUAUUCUGGCUUUUGGCAUGGUGGCUGCCAAAAUUACCAACAAGCUGGUGAUAGCGCACAUGACCAAAGCGGAGAUGGAGUAUCUGGACUGGUCGCUGCUGGGUCCUGCUUUAUUGUUCCUGAAUCAGUACUUUAACUGUAUUGUACCAGAGAUUUGGCUGCUUUGGUUUACGCUAGCCUGGGGCACACAGGAUCUUCUGCGCUACUGUGCGCAGGUUUGUCUAGAAAUUUGCCAGCAUCUGCGCAUCGAUCUAUUCAGAAUACCGUAUGGCCCUAAGGUGUUAAACACCUCUUCGGUGGGCAGCCAGAGCAACGUUGGAGCUGAUAAAAAUGGUGGCACAUCACAUAGAAAGUCAAAAAGCAAAGCGCACUAAAUCAAUGUUCGCUCCUGUUUCAUUAAAAUUCACAUAUUUUUCAAAUAUUUACGGUAUUAGCGCAAGCUAAACAAAUUUUAAACUCAACCCAACUAAAUUUACCGUCGAAAUGUUAAAGCAUAACAAAUUAUAGCAUAAUUAAUUUAUAAAUGUUGUAACAAAAAAAAAGCUGCAGGCAGACCUAUAUCAAUUAUAUGCAUAUAUUACAAGUAUAAAUAUAUUUUAUAUAAUUCUGUAAAUUGUAAUAUAUACAGUUUUUAUGCUGUGCUAGAUGUUUCAUAGUGCAAAAACAAAUAAAAAUAUAAAUCAAAUGCCAAAAAUCACAUUUUUGGCGUACUCAAAGCUCAAUUUAAGGCUAACUCCAAGUCAAUGAAAAUUCAUUGUAAGGAUUUCCUUUAUUUAAUGAUUUGAAUUUUAUUGAGCGUGCGCCUGAUUCUGAAUAAUAUAUUUAUGUUAUUUGCGUACUAUAAAAUGUUAUGUAGAAAUAUUAGCGCUUAAUUUCUUACUCACUGAGUAAUUAGGUAUAAUUACAUUGUAUGUAUGUAUGUAUGUAUGCAAGGAUGUCAACUCUGAAGUAUGUAACAUAUGUAAAGAAUGUAAAUUGCCUAUAUACAUUCUAAAAGGUAACUCAUUUCAAAAAGCAAAAUUGUUUAUUAUUUAGCGAUUGGUUUUGACCUAAAGUGUACACCUAAAUUUGCACCGAUUUAAAAUAAUAGAGUUGACUAUUAUCUUAUGUUUGAACAGAUAAACAAUGCGUAAAAUGCCAAAAUAAAACGACU